AUGCGAAAUGAAGCCAAUUGUUAUCCGUUUCCUAUCAAUUGUGUCUCUUCUUCUUGUCUCCCUGUACUCUCACAACUGCCCACAGACGCAGAAGACGCCUCUUCCGCGGACCUGACUCUGGGCCGCGAAGUGAAGUGUCCACUCAACGGAUUCGCCCACUUCCCCAGCUUCAACCCGCCGCCCCCUAGACUCGGCGAGAAGAUGGCUCCUCUUGUCGGUCGAAAGGGUCGAGAGACGAGUGACGCCGGACUGGCCGAUCUUGUGCGUUUGCAAGCCGUCCAGAUGUCGUCGCAUCUUCGUCUCGUCAACGACACCGUGCUCGAGUUCCUCGCCUGCCUGCCAUUGGUCCAAACUGCGUCGCCGUCGCCCUCGGCAUCGCUCUCACUCUCGCCCUCCUUCUCCUCCGCCCUCUUCGCCCCGGGGCCGCCUCCGCUCCCGCCUCACUCCACCGCCCCGUCGCCGCCUCCGCCUCCGCCUCCGCCUCCUCCUCCUGCCCCCCUCGCCCUCCCCUCGGCCGGGGUCCUGGUAGCCCACGCCAAAUUUCUGCUGCGCUGCACCAGCCAUCUGGUCCAACUGGCCGCCGACCUCUGCGCCGGCCUGCCCGACCCGCAAGAGGACUGGCCGCCGCGGCUCGAGUCACACACGACGGCCACCGCCUACACCGGCGCCUGGGAUCGAGUCCCGGCGGCCGGCCAAUUGCGUGUCGACGUCGAGUGGGCCGGCAACAUGACCUGCGAGGCCCUCAAGAGCCUGAUCGCGCAAGCGAAGAUUGUCGCCGCCGGCCUGGCCAGCCAACCAGCCGGCUCGGCCGGCUUCCACACCGCCCUCCUUCCCGCCAGUCCCGCC